AAUUUUACCUUCUGUAAGAUAAGGGUUGGGCAUUUAGCAUAAAAGUCGUAUACGAUAAGGGAAGAGGUCAUCGUGUAGAUUGAUUUCAUAUUGUAAGCAUUCUUAUUUUUUUAUCGUUGACGAACAGACAUUGAUUUGCUGCAUCAUGAAAUCUUAAGACAGUGACUUUAAUUGAGAAGUAGUGAUUACAUAGUUUAUUAUUCUGAUAGUUUUUAAGAUAUAAAGAUUAAUUAUCAUGCGACAAUUUCUCGAUUUAUUUGUCUUCAAACGUAUUAAAUGUCCACAUGUUACUUCUCACGUUCGUUACAACAGUUCUAACCCCUUGAAAGGCAAAAUUAUAGCAAUAAGAAGAGAAGAUCAAUCAGUAUGGGAAAGACGUGCACCUUUAGCACCAUCCAAUGUUCGUCGGCUGAUCAGAGCUGGAGUAAAAGUAAUUGUUCAGCCAAGUAAUCGACGUGCUUAUCCAGCUCAAAAAUACCUAUCAGCUGGAGCUCAUCUUCAAGAGGAUAUUAGUGAAGCGUCAGUGAUAUUUGGAGUAAAACAAGUCCCUAUAGAUCAUCUAAUUCCUAACAAAACCUACUGUUUCUUUUCACACACAAUCAAAGCUCAGGAAAGUAAUAUGCCACUUCUUGAUGCUGUACUAUCAAAAAAUAUUCGUCUAGUUGAUUACGAGAAACUUACUGACAAAGAUGGUCAACGACUUGUUGCUUUUGGCAAAUAUGCAGGAGUUGCUGGAAUGAUAAAUAUCCUUCAUGGAUUAGGACUACGACUUCUAGCACUAGGCCAUCACACUCCAUUUAUGCACAUUGGUCCAGCACAUAAUUAUCGAGAUUCAGCGGUUGCCAGACAAGCGAUACGUGAUGUUGGAUAUGAAAUAGCUUUGGGUGCAAUGCCAAAAUCAAUAGGGCCACUAACAUUUGUAUUCACAGGUAGCGGAAAUGUAAGUCAAGGUGGCCAAGAAGUUUUUCAAGAACUUCCUCAUGAAUAUGUAGAUCCAAUGAGUCUAAGGAAAGUCGCUGAGCACGGCGAUACAAACAAGAUAUACGGCUGUGAAAUAAGAAGACGACAUCACUUGGAGAGGAAAGAAGAUGGUGCUUAUGAUCCCGAGGAAUACGAUAAACAUCCAGAGCGAUAUAUUUCAACAUUUAGCAAAAAAAUUGCACCUUAUGCUUCGGUUAUAAUAAAUGGUAUAUAUUGGGCUGUUGAUUCACCCAAAUUAUUAACUAUUCCUGAUGCUAAAUAUUUAUUGAGACCAGCAUAUACACCUUGGCUGCCUAUUAGCGUUGGAGCACCAGCUCUGCCACAUCGUAUGCUCGCGAUAUGUGACAUUUCUGCUGAUCCUGGUGGCAGUAUUGAAUUUAUGAAUGAAUGCACAACCAUUGAUACACCUUUUUGUCUCUACGAUGCUGAUCGUAAUAAAGAUACCAAGUCUUUUAAAGGACCUGGAGUUUUAGUUUGUUCUAUUGAUAAUAUGCCUACACAAUUACCUAAGGAAUCAACAGACUUUUUUGGUGAUUUACUUUUUCCAUAUGCUAAAGAGAUUAUUGCUAAAUCUGAUGCUAAGAAGCCACUUGAAGAACAUGACUUUAGUCCAGCAGUGUAUGGAGCUAUUAUUGCUUCUAACGGUCGACUGACUCCUAAUUUUGAAUACAUUAAAGAAUUAAGACAACUUAAUCAGAAGAGUAAACACAAAGCUGAUAAUGGUGAUAAUCAAACAAAGACAGUUGUUGUUUUAGGAGCUGGCUAUGUUUCUGCUCCACUUGUAGAGUACCUACAUAGAGAUGGAAAUGUUAGAAUUAUUGUCUGUUCACAUUUUAAAGAUGAAGCUGAUACUUUAGCUAAUAAAUAUCCAGGAGUUGAAUCAGAGUUUCUUAAUGUUAUUGAACGUCCUGAUAAAUUACAAGAAAUUGUUGGUUCUGCAAAUGUUGCUGUUUCUCUAUUACCUUAUGAUUUACAUCAUGUUAUUGCAAAGACUUGUAUUGAAACUAAAACACAUCUUGUUACUGCUAGUUACCUUAAUGACAAAAUUCGAGCUCUCCAUGAUGAAGCUGAAAAUGCGGGUAUUACAAUUCUUAAUGAGAUAGGUCUGGAUCCCGGUGUUGAUCAUUUAUUAGCAUUAGAGUGUUUCGAUGAUGUAAAACAAGCCGGUGGUAAAAUUGAAUCAUUUAUUUCUUGGUGUGGAGGCCUACCAGCUCCUGAAUGCUCAGACAAUCCUCUAAGAUAUAAAUUUAGUUGGUCACCACGUGGAGCUUUAUUAAAUACACUAUCGCCUGCUAAAUAUUAUCACAAUGGACAAGUAGUUGAAAUUGCUGGUGGUGGAGAUUUGAUGUCGGCAGUUCAAGGUCUUGAUUUCUUACCUGGAUUUGCACUAGAAGGAUUUCCAAACAGGGACAGCACUGUUUACAAAGAUUUAUACGGUAUCCAUAAUGCUAAUACAAUUCUGCGAGGUACUUUAAGGUUUGAAGGAUUCAGUGAAACAGUUCAAGCACUUCAAUAUUUAGGACUUAUUGAUCCCAAUCCACAUCCAAGUCUUCAUCCCAAUGGCCCAGAUAUAACAUGGCGGACCUUAAUUUGUAACCUUCUUGGAUUAAUGAAUGACAAUAUUUUCUAUGAAAAUCUAAAACGGAAGCUUAUUGAACGUGUUAACUCAGAAGACAAAGCUCAAGCAAUCGAACAACUAGGUCUUUUAGCUGAAGAAUCAGUAGUGAAAUUAAAUACUCCAUUAGAUACUCUCACUCAUUACUUAUCGAAGAGAUUAUAUUAUGAUAAAAAUGAACGUGAUCUCAUAAUUCUACGCCACGACAUACGGGUUCUAUGGCCAGAUAAUAAAGUAGAAGACAAAGGAAUUAACCUGGUUAUUUAUGGUGACCCUGAAGGACACUCAGCAAUGUCUAGAACUGUUGGAUAUCCUACGGCAAUUGCAACAAAGAUGAUACUCGAUGGAGAGAUCCAACAAAAAGGUGUAAUACUUCCUUUUACACCUGAUAUUUAUCGUCCUAUUUUAAGUAGAUUAAAAUCAGAAGGAAUUGAAUCUUUUGAAAGUUCAAAAUGGCAUUAAAAUAUAAAUAAAUGUAUAACAUAUUUUAUAUAGUAAACAAUUAUUUUUUAUUAUUAAAAAUACAUUAAUAAAAAUAUAUACAGUCGA